CGAAAGUGGUUCCGCUGUCCUUAGAUUUUUCGAAAUCUAAGAAGGAAGAGUGGUGCUGCGCUUCUUUAGAGAGGGGACUUCCUGGUCAAUUUUGGCUCGCCCGGUGCCCUCGGUGGAGUAAAAGAGCAAGUGCUGGUACUGGCAGUGGAGAAAUAGGACUGUGGAGUAGCCGAUGGUUCUCGCUUCCAAGAACGGCAAAAGCAAGCGCAGGGAGGCUCUCUCUUUCAGAGGAGACGUUGUCGGGUCUCAGUGGCCAGUUUGACCAAGCCACCAAAGCAGGCAGCAGUGGGAGGACAGAUGAUGUCAGUAUUCCAGUGAAGAAUAACACAGUGCUACCACUGCACCCCUUCAAGCCCUGGCUCUGCCAAACCCUUCCUCUGCAGUAUUAGGACUACAGGAAUAAAACAGAGUUGCUUCAGCUGACCUGUUGCCUUCAUCGACUGCUGUUCUCUGGUUGUUUGGGCUUCAAGGCUUCGGGACUGCAAGGCUCUGAAUUGAACCCCAAAGCCCAGGCCUAGCUUUACCACUGUAUUGUCCUCAUAAUAGCAAGGAUCUGAAGAAGCAGCACAAAUAAUCACAAGGGACUGUGUGUGUCUUUGCAUUGCAUUACGUUGAACUCUUUUCUGACAACAUAUCGCCAUGAAUAUGCAAAUCUUUAUCGUUUCUGGUCUCCUGGUACAUUGUGUGUUCCUGAUCUCUAUUUUUGACAUUUACUUCACCUCUCCUUUGGUCCAUGGCAUGACGCCCCAUCAGACUCCCUUGCCCCCUCCUGCACGGCGCUUGGUGCUUUUUGUCGCAGAUGGUCUACGUGCAGAUUCCCUUUUUGAGCUGGAUGACGCAAACAUGUCUAGUGCUCCUUACCUUCGGAAUAUCAUAAUCUCCGAGGGCAGCUGGGGAGCUUCUCAUACUCGUGUCCCAACAGAAUCUAGACCUGGGCAUGUAGCACUCAUAGCUGGAUUUUAUGAAGAUGUCAGUGCUGUUGCCAGAGGAUGGAAGGAAAACCCAGUGGAAUUUGAUUCUCUUUUCAAUGAAAGUAAAUACACUUGGAGCUGGGGAAGUCCAGAUAUUUUGCCUAUGUUUGCUAAAGGUGCCACUGGAAAUCAUGUUUACACCAAUUGUUACGAAGCUGCAAGGGAAGAUUUUGGAGCAGAAGAUGCUACUUUGCUAGACACUUGGGUUUUUGAGCACGUUAAGGAUUUCUUUGGUGCUGCAAGAAACAAUGAAACGCUGUUUGCCAAACUGCAUGAACCGAAAAUAGUUUUCUUCCUGCAUUUAUUAGGGAUAGACACAAAUGGACAUGCUCACCGACCUCAUUCAAGGGAAUACAAGAAUAAUAUCAGGAUAGUUGAUGAAGGUAUAAAGCAAAUUGUGUCCAUGAUUGAGGAUUUUUAUGGAAAGGAUGGCCGUACCGCAUUUAUCUUGACUUCUGACCAUGGGAUGACUGAUUGGGGUACUCAUGGGGCCAGUCACCCAACAGAGACUUUGACACCAUUAGUUGCUUGGGGGGCAGGAAUCAACUAUCCACAGAGAAUUGCCUUUCAAGAGUUUGAAGAUGGAUUUUUAAAAGAGUGGAAACUGGAGACCUUGAAGCGGCAAGAUGUCAACCAGGCCGAUAUAGCACCACUGAUGGCAUCCCUUAUUGGAGUCCCAUUUCCCUUGAACUCUGUGGGUGUUCUGCCUCUGGAGUACCUGAAUAAUACUGCUCAUUUUAAAGCAGAGAGUAUGUUUACAAAUGCUGCUCAGAUUGUUGAACAAUUUAAGGUCAAGAUGGCUCAGAAAAAGAAUACCACAUUUUCAUUUAUGUUUUUGCCAUUCAAGGGUCUCUCUGAUUCAGAGCAGAUUGACUUUCUACAAAAAGCAAGGACUUCUAUUCAGCAUGAGAAAUAUGAUGAAGCUGUAACUAUGUGCAGCAAACUGAUUUCCCUUGCUUUGGAAGGGCUUUCCUAUUAUCACACAUACGACAGGUUUUUCCUAGGCAUAAGUGUUGCCAUGGGCUUUGUGGGCUGGACAUUAUAUGUGAUUCUGAUUAUUGUAAAAGCACAUACUAACCUGCCUAAAAACAUCACAAUGAAUAAGGCUGCUGGCAGUCUUCUGCAGUAUACAUUUCUAGCUAUAGGAGCAUUGAUAGCCAUUUUUCUGUUCCUUCAAAGCUUGCCCUGGACCUACUAUGUAUAUUGUCUAUUACCAGUCCCAAUAUGGUAUGCAGUAUUGAAAGAAUACCCUGUUAUUCAAGGACUUAACACAUCUCUCUUGAACUUUCAACGAACUCAAUUUGUGGGAUUCUUAGUAGUUUGCACCUUGGGAAUUGAAAUAUUAGUAUUCUCAUUCUUCUAUCGCUUUGCACUGAGCUUUGGCCUGGUUGCCUUUUCCGCAUGGCCCUUGGUCACUCAGCUGUGGACACAAGCAAAGGCAACUGUGCUAGGCUGGAUUCUUUCAUGUUUGCUUCUGGCAGUCUUUCCCUUGUUGCCUGUUGUGGGAAGGGAGCCAAAUAUCUCUCUGGUAACUGCAGCAGGCUUGCUGAUGCUGCUGACAGCUUCAUUCUACCUGGUGGCAUGUCUGUGGAAAAGCAAAAAGAGCUACUUGCAUCAUAAGGAUCUCAAAGUAUAUCUCCUUCAGUUGGCGAGUCUGGCAUUGUCAACGUAUAUUGUGAAUAGCACCCACAGCAGUCUUCACAGCAAGCAAGGAUUGCCUGUAAUAAAUCAAAUCAUUAGCUGGACAACAUUAGCUUCAUCCUUGAUAGUGCCUGUACUCAGCCCCACAUUUCUCUUCCCACGGCUGUUGAGCAUACUUCUCUCUUUGAUGUCAACAUACCUUCUGCUUAGCACAGGGUAUGAAGCUCUUUUCCCUCUGGCAUUGGCUUUGGUCAUGUUUGUGUGGAUAAAUAUGGAACAAGAAGCACUACAACAUUACGGAGUUUCCCUUAAGGCAAAGCUUGCUGCUCUCAACUUUUCAUACACUACUGAUAUAACACAGUUUCGACAGCUCCACAUGGAUGACAUUAGACGAUCUUUUUUCUUUGUUUUCUUCAUAGUGACAGCCUUUUUUGGUACUGGAAACAUAGCUUCUGUUAACAGCUUUGAUCCAACUUCGGUAUAUUGCUUCUUGACAGUAUUCAGCCCUUUCCUGAUGGGAGGUCUGCUCUUGUGGAAGAUUGCAAUCCCCUUUGUUCUUGUGUCAUGUGCCUUUGAAGCUGUUCAAGUCACAACCCAGCUAUCUUCAAAAAGGCUUUUCCUCAUUGUUCUUGUGAUUUCAGACAUCAUGGCUUUGCACUUCUUCUUUCUAGUUAAAGAUUAUGGAAGCUGGCUGGAUAUCGGAACAAGCAUCAGCCAUUAUGUCCUUGCGAUGUCCUUCACUAUGUUCCUGAUGCUCUUAAGUGGACUGGCCCAGCUGCUCACUACCAAAAGACUGGCACUUUGGGAACGGCCUAAGCACCACUCACUGUGACAAAUGACCAAGGUGCUCCUAUUGUUGGAACUUUCGUUCUUCCUGAGGGACAAAAUUAUGAGACUGGCUGCUAGAAAGUCCUAAAGAACUUGAUGCUGCAGAAGACAGCUUGAUUCCCUUUCAUUUUGGAACUGAAUCUUUCUUUUUUCUUUUUAAAGGAAGAGGAAAGAAACAUAACCAUAAGCCUCCUGCCAAAAACUGAAUAAUUCUAUGACCUGUUUUCAUGUUAAGGACAAGUACUGAGGUUAUUUUCUCAUUAGGGAUUCAAAUGGAUGAUAGGGAAGGAAAUUAACUCUGUACCUUUGCCUGGAAGGUAGCGGAAAACAAUUUUGUGCCUGCUGGCUGUAUGACAGGUGAACAUCUUGUCCACUGUCUCUUCAAACGGUUGCCUUCUUCUGGACCAAAGGAGCGAACUGCAGUGUCAAAAGUUUAGUAUGCUCUAGGAUUGAUUGUAGGUUAUUUCUCAUGUCAGAGAUUAGGAUCAAGUUUAGAAACUAGCUUAUGAUGCAAUGACUCUAAAGCAUGAUUUCUUUAAUUUUUCUAAA